CCUUCACAGAUUUUGAAUUCGAUUUAGAUGGGAGAAGUUUCUGUGUAUACCUGUGUUUACCUGUGUGUGUGUAUGUAUGAAGGUGUGCGUGUGCGUGCACCUUGACUACGCGCCGCGCUGCGGUGGGUCCCCACCCAUGGAUGACGUGUUCAAUGGGCCAGGCAGUGUCGUGUGUGCAGCGCGCCACAGGAAGUGCGUGUGUGUGCGCGUGUGUGUGAUUAUGGGCCUCCCCUACGCUCUCGCACGCACGGCGAUCGUCACCCGCGCCGACAACAACGACAGCUGAGCUGCAUGGGACCACGGUGUUAGGGUAGGUGCAUGCCACCAGACCAGACAGCGGCUUGCAAGCUUCGGCACUCCCUCCCAGACCCCUUUGUGUGUGUGUGUCGUGGUUGUAUCUACCCACCUGUAGUAUCAAAGAAAACAGACGACUUUGUACUUUCGUGAGGUGUAGAAGGCUAUCUUCCCUGAGACGACGGGAUUUCUCAGCUGUGACUGUAACGCGCCAGGUGUUCUCACACCUGCUGGCCUUCAGCAGACCGUUUAUUCUUCUUGCCUCAGCCCGUCGUCUUCUUCAGGACGCGAGACUCCGGAGAGUGGAAAUCCCUUCCACUAAUGCGGCAACCUAGCCCAGUGGUCAGUCCGGUCAGGAAGUAAGACCCUAUUCGUCUGACGCCAGGAAAACUGAAGGAGCUGACGAAAUACGAUGACAGGACGACAGUGAUCGCAUGAUGACCAACCUUCACCCCAUCGUUCGCGGCGACGGUCUGACGCCGGGGCUGCAGCUGCAGCUGGUGGACAGCGAUGACGAGCCGCUGGAGGAGGGCGCGGUGUGCGCUCGCCGCCCGUCCACCGCGUCGCUGUCGCGCUUCCGGUCAUGCCCGCAACUUAGUUCCGCCGACGCCAGCAUGGGGCAGGACUCGCCGGCCAGCGAUGACCACUUUGCAGGGGCUGAACUGUGCGUAGGCGGGCACCUCCCUCAGAGCGGUUCCCCGAGGGCCCGCCAUCGCCCUUUCUACGUAGACAGCGGAGCCGGCGGCCGCUCUCAGACUCCUACACCGCCUUCCACACCAGGCAGCCGUCGCAGCCAUCAGUCUCUCAAAGAGUCCACCGGCCCUGGCAGCGGAGGAGGCGGAGCGGCAGCUGCGCGAAUGGCGGCACGCGGUCGCAUGGACCAGAAUACGCUCCUUAGUCGCACUGCCUCCACGGACAGUCAGCACCAUGACAACCCCUGGAGGCCCUUGGAAGAGAAUCACCUGCGACUGGACGACCAGGCAAGCGACCGCGGAAGCCGCCAUAUGUCCGAAUUCUUCGACGAGCCACCAGAUAUCAGCAUCGACGACCGCCUCACUGCGACGGAAGAUGGCGCCUCCGCCGCCGCGGGAGGUGAAGGGCGUUACCAGGCUGACGACAGCAUGGACAAAUGUGCCCGCUGGCUGCAGAGCCUAAAAAUGACCAGCUCGGACAGACUUAAGUCCCGCAGCCAUAUACAACUACCACCUAUUUAAUGUUUUCUCAAUAUAUUCUAGCGGGAGUCGAUGGUUGCCGUUAUGAUUGAGGAAGAGCAUCUUCAUAAACACUUACGGUGAUGCAGGACAGGUAAUAAAUAACUUGACUGAGCGUCUGCACCCCACACAUGAACUUUCUACUUGUACCAUCGUUUCAAAGUGAUAAGACUCUGGUUGUUCCCGACUGCUUUGUUAGACAUCUGCAGUGUUGCCAAGAUUUCCGAAAUCCUCAGAAAUGUUCCAUUAUUCAUCCCUGGUCACGAAUGUAGAAUAAACCAUACAAGUGUUUUAAAAUGGAAGAGGGAGCAAUAGCUCAUCUUGAUAAAAGAUGUAGCUGCAAGGUAUCUUAAUAAAGUGGGAGCUUAGGGUGUGUCUAAAUGAAUUAAGGAACCAUUUUGCAUGUCUACACAUGAAGGAUGCUAUUGAGAGAGUGUCUUGGAACUUGAUUCGCUGGUCACCAUUGUAGGUAGUCAUGGUGUCAGAAACACCGUUACCAUGGCAUUAUUACAGUAUGCAGCAGAGCUGACAUUCACAGUGUUUAAAAUGGAAGUUAUUUUAAAACGGGAAUUGCUAUGUUCUCCCUGAACUGCCACGUGACAUGCGUUCUUCCAAAGACAUUACAGACAAGUACGGUGUUUUGUUUCCGUGAUGCUCCGUGUCAUUGUUCUCAUCCAGUGAAGUGGCUGUGUUCUGCUUCGACAUAUUUAGCCUUAUUUUCUGUGAUCGUUUCUAUCAGUGGAAGUUGAUUUGUCAUAUCUGCCACGCGACAAACAAUGCGAGGAAGAAUGCAUCGGCAAGAUGAUUAGCUCGCCUCUGCCCUUCGUCACAGGAUCGACGGCGAAUAUCGUCGAGCGCAAAACGCAGAGUGCAGUGCAAAUAAGCGAUAACAUUUGUAAACAAACCUUUGGCUCGGAUCUUCGCUGCAUCUGUAGAUUACAAUGAAGUCCUGUCUGCUGAAGGGAAAUGUUCUGGUUCGCGUGAUGAAAUAGAUUAAAAAAAACAACUGACAGCCAGGAAAUGAAGCGCCUCAGUCAUUCUCCUUCAUUAGUUGAUGAAAACUAGACAAGAGUAAGAUAUAAUUUGGGGCUUUUUUUUAGGGGGAAGACAAAUUAGUGACAUGUCAUGUGAAACGUGCAUGCGGGUUUAAUUUAAUAUUAAGCAUUUUAGAUUGCUUCUUCUAGCUCUUACUGAAAACAAACUUUUUGCUUUGUAAGCCAAUAUUUUACAAAAAAAGCUCACUGUCGUAUGCAAAUAGUCUCCCCUUCUCGCUGCCUAGUAUGGUAGUUGUUGUUUUUUCUUUGAAAGAUUUUCUCCACUCCACCCUCUCCAACAUUAUCUGUUCCGAACACUCUAUUUCUUAUCCGUUAAAUAAUAUUAACCCGGCAGAAGAUCGAACAAGGCUGUUGCAUAGAAACGCCAACUUCGCAAUUCUGCACAACGGUUCGCAACUGACAGGAUUGUUUGAGGAAUUCGGUUCAGAUUUAGAAUUAGUCAUCUCCUGUACAGCGACAAAUUAAUUGUAAAAGAAAAAAAAAUAGUAACAUUUGAAGAUGUGAUGGGUCCUCGCAUUUUAUUUACAUCAAAAGAAAAGGAACUGGUUCUGAAUAGUCUGAAUUAUCGUACAUUUCGUCAACAUAGAAAAAUGUUCUCUCUGGCGCCGUUAAUAACUACUCCUUGUGAAGUGGUCAUGUUCUUUUAAAUGUUAACCAAGACACUGGCUUAGAUGGCCUUUCAGGAAGUCAGUAAAAUGCCUUUUUCAGACUCACUCGCCACUUUCACAAAAACCUUCUGCUUUGUGUUCUCUCGUUUUGAAAAAAAUCCCAAUGAUGCAUAGGAAAAUGCAUGAGCAAGCGCGUAUGAUCAGUCAGAAGACUUCCCCAAAAUAGAAUGUGAACCCUUCUGUAACAUAAAAGAUUUUUAAACAUUAUCACUAAUUGCCUCGGUGGGUAAGAUGGCGUCCCUAAACCACGUGAUCUGUCCUGGAUUCAUUGUCCUCGAGGAUUUUUAUUUUUAACUGUCUUUGGCUGAUUGAAAGCUAGAACCAAUUUGAGUAUUCAAUACUGGGGAUCUUUUUCAUGAUGUACAGAUUGCCUUGAUGUCCGUCUCUUCAAAGAUUGGCUAGAAUAUGUUUGAGCCGAAUUUAGACCAAAUUUUCAACAAAAAAAUAUUAAUUUCACGCAUUGAGCCGACUUGCGGCAGCAGGAAUAAUUAGAAGUUAGUAAAAGGAAAAUCACUUUCAGCGUUCGCUACAUUGAAGACCAACAAUGCAAAAAGGUUAAUCUAUUAUCCUUUCCUUGGUUAUUAAAGAUUUUCUCUCUGACUCCGCUGUCUCUGUCUCUCACUUGAUCCUCUUUAUAAACAUGUUUCUAUUUAUAUGCUCUUCAAAUUUUCGGUUAUAUUUUUCCCCAGAUGUCAUGUUUACUGCGCUUGGGGUUGAUAAAAAUGUGUAAGAUGAAUUAUCAUUACAAGAGAUGACAGAACAAUGCCAGUUAUACCGUAUACGUUGUCGUGCGUUCUUUUGAAAGGAAAUGGUCUCACUUGUAUUCUCGUGUGUUUGCGUGUUCGUCUGGGAGGACCGUGCCCCAGAUUAAUGAUUUGAUGAAAUUUUCAUUUUGUUUUGUCUUAGGUUUUGUACAUGCUCUAGGUAUGACAUUUUUACUUUGUUUGAUGCUAUUUUCACUGGCACGGUCAAUGCUUUCUAAUAUGUUCACAUGACUUUCUCUUUUUCCAGAAAUUUUUAGCGCGUUAUUCCUCCUGUUUCCUCGAUUGUGUUUGGCUUUUUCUUCCUGUUUUAAUUUUAUCCUUUCAUUGUUCUAUCUGUGACGUAUUCUAGGAGAAAAAAAUAAUCUUGAGGUUUGUGUGUGGUUUUGCAUCAUGUGAUGUCAGUGUGAUCCGUGCCUAUAUUACCAUCAAUAUUCGUAAAACAACAAACAAAUAAAAAGAAUGUAAAAUCA